UCUGCGCCUGUGCCUUUCUGCCUUCUUUUCCUGCCAGUCCUCGCACACCGCCCGAAGCGAAAGGCGCUCUCCAGUCUACCUUAGCGCAGAGUCCACAUGCAGACCUCGUCCCAAACACUGACUCUAGAAACUAUCAUCUUCGUUAGCACAUUAUAGGAUAAAGUACUCACCUGUGUGGAUACUGCAUAAAUCCUAAAAGACUGCAAGGUGGCAAUGUCUCGGGAACCCACCCCACCUCUGCCUGGAGAUAUGUCCCCUGGCCCUAUAGCAGAAAGCUGGUGUUAUACACAGGUUAAAGUAGUAAAAUUUUCCUACAUGUGGACCAUUAAUAACUUCAGUUUUUGUCGAGAGGAAAUGGGUGAAGUGCUAAAAAGCUCAACAUUUUCAUCUGGUCCAAGUGACAAAAUGAAAUGGUGCCUGAGGGUAAACCCAAAGGGAUUAGAUGAUGAAAGUAAAGACUACUUGUCCUUAUAUUUGCUUUUAGUCAGCUGCCCCAAAAGUGAAGUUCGAGCAAAAUUCAAAUUUUCCCUUCUGAAUGCUAAAAGGGAAGAAACAAAAGCAAUGGAAAGCCAAAGAGCCUAUCGAUUUGUACAAGGGAAGGACUGGGGAUUUAAAAAAUUCAUUAGAAGGGAUUUUUUGCUUGAUGAAGCUAAUGGUCUUUUGCCAGAUGACAAGCUUACAUUAUUUUGUGAGGUGAGUGUGGUUCAAGAUUCUGUAAAUAUAUCAGGACAUACUAAUACAAAUACUUUGAAGGUGCCUGAAUGUCGACUAGCAGAAGAUUUGGGUAAUCUCUGGGAAAACACAAGAUUUACAGAUUGCAGUUUUUUUGUGAGAGGACAAGAAUUUAAAGCUCAUAAAUCUGUGCUUGCAGCUCGAUCUCCAGUUUUUAAUGCGAUGUUUGAACAUGAAAUGGAAGAAAGCAAAAAGAAUCGAGUGGAAAUAAAUGAUGUAGACCCCGAGGUUUUUAAAGAAAUGAUGAGAUUCAUUUACACAGGGAAAGCACCAAAUCUUGAUAAAAUGGCUGACAACUUGUUGGCAGCUGCAGACAAAUAUGCACUGGAACGGCUGAAGGUCAUGUGUGAAGAAGCUUUGUGUAGUAACCUCUCAGUAGAAAAUGUUGCCGAUAUCCUUGUCCUUGCAGAUUUGCACAGUGCUGAACAGUUGAAAGCACAAGCCAUAGACUUUAUUAAUAGGUGCAGUGUACUUCGACAACUUGGGUGUAAAGAUGGGAAAAACUGGAACAGCAACCAAGCCACUGACAUAAUGGAAACAUCAGGGUGGAAGUCUAUGAUUCAGUCUCACCCUCACUUAGUAGCAGAAGCCUUCCGAGCACUAGCAUCUGCACAGUGUCCACAGUUUGGCAUUCCACGCAAACGGCUAAAGCAAUCCUGAAAUCUUCCAUGAACAGUAAAAAGAAAUGGAAUUGACUUUUACUCCUCCAGGUCCAGAAGGAUUCUAACACACAAACCAUAAGCGAGAGUUGUUUCUGUUUUCUUGUCUGCAGAACAGAAGCUGAAAAGGCAUAUUGCUUGCAUUUCAGGUGGAUAAUUUAUGGUUUUAUACUUCAGCUUUAAAUUAGACUGAUUAAUUCACUUCAAGGCCUUAAAUUAUCUUCAGUGACUUCUCUUGUUCAUAUAAUACUUUAAUUUUUUUUAUUGUGCCUUGUCAUUUUGACCAAGGCUAUGCAGGAUUGCACUAGCUCCAUAAUGCAGUAAUAUUGAUAACUGAAGAUAAUAAGUUUCAAAAGGAUCUUCCAUUGUUUUGAGAAAGGAAAACUGAAUUUUAUAGGACUUGUCCUAAGCUAUUUCAACAUGUAAAACUAUGUUCUCCUUUAAAGCACUUGUAUUGUAUGUCCAAUCUAAGUUCUAUAAAUACAGGAGAACCUGCUUACCUUGAGGGUAGGUUAUGGCAAUACACUGCUUCAAUUCUAAUUUAUUUUUCGUUUCAAGGGGCAAAUAUGCAAUGAAUUGGCCCAAAUUAUGCUAAAAUUUGUGAUGUUUGUCUGUGUUAACUGUCCAAGAAACUGUGGGUGUGUCCAAGUUUACAAUGGUAGAGAAAUGAUUGAGGUUAAGAUUUCAAUAAGAAGAAAGCAUGUUUUAUGCUGAAGUAAUUUUUUUUAAUUUAUAAUGAUCUACAUUUAUAUGAAGAAUUCUGUACAUGUUAAAAAUAAGGUUGACCAAAUGUAAAUUUAAUGAGUGGGCCAAGUAAGAAAAAUAUAUAUGCACUUUUAAUGUGUAACUUUUCUAUGCUGAAUGGUACAUAUAUUUUUUGCUUUUGAGGGAAUUAAUAAUGUAUAAUUAUGUUUUAACUUUUCAAAGAAGUUUUUAAGACAAAGGGAGGAAACUAGGAUGUUUGUGAUAAUUGAUAGGAAAGAGAUCUUUGAUUAUAGGUAAAUUGGUUUGGAUUUCAGAUGUUCCUUAUUGAAUUCCUAUUUUAUCAUAGUUUGGAAAAGGCACCUGAACAAUAAAUGAAUUCUGGACAGUUUGCCUUCCUUCAAACAGUGAACAAAUAUUAUUUGCCCAUGGAAGAUGCAUAGUAAAGGAGAGAACCCUUAGACUGUCAGUCCAUGCUAUGAAGCUUUUUUCUCCCCUUACUUUCUUCUUUGUGUUUCAGUUACUGUACUAACAUUGUGGAUUAUUGAAAUUCUGCAUAAUGUGAACAGGAUAAACUAUUUUAUAAACUGCUUUUCAUGGGCCAGUUUUUAUUACAAGUGAAUUUUAGCUUUAAACACACACAAAACAUUCACUGAUAGUUGUAAGGUUUGUUCUGGGUCCUUGUUCUGGAGAAGCAGGUGUGAUUGGUAUCAGAGAACCACAUCUGACCCACUGUCAUGGUGACAGUGUUCUGCUUAGGCAAGAUUUAUAUUUGACCACAAGAGGAAAAGUGUCACUGGAAAAAAAUGUGCAUACUUGUAUCUUUGCAUAUUUAACUUUAUUUUCCAGAGUAAAAUUUGUUUAUUUUAGUUUUUGCAUUCAGGACAAAGAAAAACGAUGAAGCUUGAAAUUAUAAAAUAGAUGUUAUUUUUGCUCUUUGUUAGAUGUUAACUGAAGUGAUCCUAAUGUAUAAAGAGUGAUUCGUAUUUACAUUGAACACUGUCCAGUAAGCAUUUAUUAUUCAAAACAGUCUAGAGUUUUGAAAAGAUCAUACUGUCAGUUAUUUUAGUUUGAGUCUUCACUGUGUAACUUAAAUUUAAAAUUUGAAGAAUCCCUUAGAAUAGAAGAAAGAUUCUGACCUAGAAAUGGAUUUUAUCCUGUAUAAGAGUAUAAUGGCAGGUAGAAAUUCACUUUCCGAAUUUCACCUUAAGAUUAAGCCUCUGAAAUUCAUGAUGUUCAAUUUUAUUUUAUUGGUUCAUUUGUGUUUUUUGAGACAAGGUCUUGCUAUAUAGUCCAGGCUGGCCUCAAAGCCACUAAGUAGCUCCAGCUGGCCUUGAACUUGUGGUGAUGAUCCUGUCUCAGCAGUCCUUUUGCUGGAAUUACAGGCAUUCAUCACCACGCCCAGUAUGAUGUACAAUUUUAAAAAUACACACAUAUACUUGUAUGAUUUUUCGAGGAUCUUAUUUAUAAGAAAACAAAAAUUCUGUCUGGCUAUAGAAUUACGUUAUCACAUAUUAAAAAUGGUGUAUCCAUUUAUACCAAAUGCACACCAUGCCAGUACAUUGUGAAUUAAUUAACUGAUUCAGCCUACAUUCUAACUACAUGUACUUCCAUAACACCAUUUAGUAAGCAUUUCAGCUUCCUAACUCCAGUGUUUAUUUCAAAUCUUAAGGAUUUUAUUAUAAAGAUUUUUUUAAGUUUGGUAGCACAUUUUGUACCCAAAAUGUCAAACACUGUGCUGUAAUUAUGAAUAUUCAUUUUUGUAGAAAUGUCCACUUUUCAAAUAAGAUAAUGCCUACCAUUAUACUAAUAGAAUUGUAUGGUAGUUGAUUUAUUUUUUUAUUUAUUAUGUAUAUUUUUAGUAUAGUUUUCUUGAGGCAGUGAUAAAAAAGAAACUGUUAAUGUAUUCUUAUGUGAGUGCUCUACUAGCUUUCCCCACCCUUUCCACCAUCUUAAACUGCAUACAUUUUAUUUAAAAUAGGCAGUUUCUGUCUAGAGCAGAUUUGCCUUACUAUAAGUCUGCUCCUAUUUUUCUUUUAUUAACUGAGAAGGCUUUUGCUUAGAAAGUAGUGACUGGUUUUAAAUAUAACACAAUUGAAAAGUAGCCAUUGGAUAACUUUCUUCCAACUAAGAAUUAGAAACUCUCUAUUUGUGCCUUUUUCAUUUUUUAAUUUUAAUGUGUACUGGUAUUUGGAGCACAAAUAUGAAGGUGCCAUAAUAUGGCUUACCAAUGUUACCUCCUUAAUUACUUGUGUCAUUGUCUUCAAAUAGUAAUUGGAGAACCUUGCAUGAAUUAUGUGGUCAUUUGGGGGGGGUAGUAUGUGUGUGUGUAUCUGUGCAUGUGUGUGUCUGUUCAUUUGGGCUUGUGUGUGAUAUGUUCAGAAGAGUGGAUUAUGAAGAUAGGACUCAGUUAAAUGUUGAACAUUCAGAUUAGUUGAAAUAUUUAAAUGUGCUUGAAUUUGAGGAACAAUUGACAUAGGAAUAAUUCUCAAAAAUGUGACUAAUUUACUGCAUGAUGAAAUGUAAAAACAGUGCCUUUUAAGGACAUCAAUUAUGUUUUAAAAUGGUAACAAAAAUCUCAAGUCAUGAACGUUAUUGAUUUUUUUUUAAUUAGACUUCAAAACUUAAAUUCUCAAAUGUAUAAUUUCUAAUUUUCCCAUUUAAAAUUUCGUGCAUAAAUUUAAAAUCCAAGUAAAAUUCAUUGUAAAAUUGUGGAUAAGAACUAAGGGUGUAGCGCUAGCAUGCAUGAGACUCUGGAUUCAAUCUGCAGCACUGCCGAAAUGCAGACAAAUAAUAAAUAGAUUCUGGAUCAUAGGUACUACCCACUGUUACUAAAAUGCAACAGGGACUUUGAUAAAUUAAGUUUUUGAAAAUCUAAUUCAGCAAGUUUUGAUUCUAGUCAUGUAGAGAGAAAUGAGCUAAUCUGACUGGACAUGCAUGCCAUUUAUGAUGGAUAAAGCAGUCAAUGUAUUCUGGAAAAGGGAGUGAGUGAGUUUGUUUUAGUGUUCUCAGAUUAUAAAAACAGCACUUUUCAGCACACAUAAGGGUAUUUUGCAAACCUCUUUUAUACAGGUUAUAAAAUGCUCUACUUUAUUUAAGUGUUCGUGGAAUAAUACAAAUUUUAGGUCCAGUUGAACAAAUAUUGAGUGCCUACCAUAUGCAAGACUUCUUCACUAGGAAUGAAAUCACACAGUGUCUUCUGUUUGUAGUAUGUGAACAUUAUGUUUGAAAGGAAUUCUUAUAUUUAAACCUUUUUCUGUUAUUAGAACUUAUUGUAUACUGUAAACUAUUUGAUUUUGCAUUCACUUUUUUAAAUUGAAGAUAAGACUUGAGUCCCAUUUUCGAAAAUAAAACUGCUAAAAUCAUUUAAGUAUUAGUUCUGAGGAAAAUUGACUUUCAAGAUUGACGUGUACAAGCUUACUGAACUUUUCAGCCUCAUUUUUAAUCAGUUGAUGUUAAUGAUGAGAUACAUGCUAUUUGUAUCUUGUUGCUGAAAAUAUUUUGCAUUUCA